AUGAAGCCCAGUCAACAAGACAAAAAUGAAUUGUUGGCAUUAUUGAAAAAAGAAUACAAGACCAAUGAGGCGGAUUUGAAAUUGGUGAAUGAAUUUCAUAUGGCAUAUGAAUCGGCCACAGCGAUAUGGUGGUAUACACGUGAGUCAUUUUUGUAUCGUAUAAUGAAUAAGGCGUUGCGUGUACGAAACACGGAAUUAAUUGUUCUAUUUCGAACUGUUAUUCGAGAUAUUUACGAACAAUUGCUUGCUCAUCAAUGUCAAAAGCGCGUCACUGUAUAUCGUGGUCAGGUCUUAUCAAUAGUGGAAUAUAAAAAGUUAGAAAAAUCAUGUGGAUCAAUAAUUUCAUUGAAUUCAUUUUUAUCGACGUCAUUAAAUCGUAAAAUAGCAGAAAGAUUUGUUCAACAAAAUAUGCAUUUAUGUGCAUCGGGCGAUCAUGUAGUUGUUGUUUUCGAAAUUGACGCUGAUCCUAGUGUAGUUUGUAUGAAGAACGGCAAUAAUAGACGACCAUUUGCACAAAUUGAUGAAUUCAGUUAUUAUUGUGGAGAAGAAUCUGAAGUAUUGUUUAUGCUUGGUUCAAAUUUUCGGUUGAAUCAAGUUUCUCAUGAUCAAUCAUCAUCAUUAUCAGCUGAUGCAACAAUGUCAAUAAUCAUUCGAAUGACACUAUGUAGUGAUCAUGACAACGAUCUCAAACAACUGUAUGAUCACAUGAAGAACGAAUACAACAGAGAGGAAACGAAUCUUCUCUCUCUUGGUGAUGUGAUGCUCGAUAUGGGAAAAUUCGAUUUGGCCGGAAAGUACUAUCGUCAAUGGUUGAGCGAACUUCCAUCGAAUGAUCCCUCCAUUUAUGCGUUGUAUCAACGUCUUGGUAUGAUUGCUAAUGCGGAAGGUGAGUAUGAUGCGAGUCUCGAAUGGUACCAGAAAUCACUCGAGAUGAGGAUGCAAACUCGUCCAUCCGAUCAUGUCAAUAUUGGUAACACACACAACAGUAUCGGUACAGUUCAUCAAACGAAAGGUGAUCGUGGUCGAGCACUCGAAUCGUACAAUCAAGCCGUGUCACUCUUCAAACAAGCACACGAUGAGAAUCACCCGAAGAUGGCCUCCUUUUACAACAAUAUUGGUAACAUCUAUCAAGAGGAGAAGAAGUAUUUUGAAGCCCUUGACUUCUAUGAGAAGUCACUUGCUAUUUGGAAGAAGCAUCUACCACCGGAUCAUCCUGAUUUGGGUGCGUCGUACAACAAUAUUGGUGGGGUUCAUCAAUGUCUCGGUCAUUAUGAUCUCGCAUUGGAUCAUUACAAUCGAUCACUUAAAAUCAGAUUGAAGUCACUUCCUGCUCAACAUCCAGAUAUUGCAAGUACCUACAGAAACAUGGGUCUUGUGUAUGAAUACAAGGUUGAAUUAGAACAGGCAUUGAUAUAUAUGAAGAAGGCUCAGACAAUUUAUGAAGUAGCAUUGCCACUUAAUCAUCCUAACGUAGUAAAGAUAAAGGAUAAUGUUAAAAGAGUAGAAGAUAAAUUAAAAAUAAAAAAUAAAAAAUAA